AAUAGGACCUCGUCUCCUCGUUUAAGGCUAGAGCGGCCCUUUUUGCAGGCUGUGGCGGCUCAGGUGACGGGAGCCCCGAAGGUUGUCGGGAAGGAGGCGCGGUGACGUGUGGUGGAGGACAGCCGCGGCGGAUUUGCUGUGCUCGGGGUCUGCCGCUGGUGUUGGGGGUCGGUAUUGGGCGGCGGCGGCUGCAAGCGGCGGCCGGGAGUUGAGAGGCGGUGAGACAGGAGAGGAGAGGAGCGGCUGGGGCCAUGGCGGCCAGCGCCGGGGAGUGGUGCCUCAUGGAGAGCGACCCCGGGGUCUUCACUGAACUCAUUAAAGGAUUCGGUUGUCGAGGAGCACAAGUAGAAGAAAUAUGGAGUUUGGAGCCAGAGAACUUUGAGAAAUUAAAGCCAGUUCAUGGGUUAAUUUUUCUUUUCAAGUGGCAGCCAGGAGAAGAACCAGCAGGCUCUGUGGUUCAGGAUUCCAGACUUGACACAAUAUUUUUUGCAAAGCAGGUAAUAAAUAAUGCUUGUGCAACUCAAGCAAUAGUUAGUGUAUUAUUGAAUUGUACUCAUCAAGAUGUCCAUCUAGGGGAAACACUUUCAGAGUUUAAAGAAUUUUCGCAAAGUUUUGAUGCUGCUAUGAAAGGUUUGGCAUUAAGCAACUCAGAAGUGAUUCGACAAGUCCACAACAGUUUUGCCAGACAACAAAUGUUCGAAUUUGAUGCGAAAACAUCAGCAAAAGAAGAAGAUGCUUUUCAUUUUGUUAGUUAUGUUCCUGUCAACGGAAGGCUAUAUGAAUUAGAUGGAUUAAGAGAAGGACCAAUUGAUUUAGGUGCGUGUAAUCAAGAAGACUGGAUUAAUGCAGUAAGACCAGUUAUAGAGAAAAGAAUACAAAAAUACAGUGAAGGUGAAAUACGAUUUAACCUGAUGGCCAUUGUGUCUGACAGAAAAAUGAUAUAUGAACAGAAAAUAGCUGAAUUGCAAAGACAGCUUGCAGAGGAGGAACCCAUGGAUACAGAUCAGAGUAGUAAUAUGUUAAGUACCAUUCAGUCAGAAGUCGCCAAACACCAGAUGCUAAUUGAAGAAGAAAUUCAGAAAUUAAAAAGAUACAAGAUUGAAAAUAUUAGAAGGAAGCAUAAUUAUCUGCCUUUCAUCAUGGAGCUAUUAAAGACUUUAGCAGAACACCAGCAGUUAAUACCACUAGUAGAAAAGGCAAAAGAAAAACAGAAUGCGAAGAAAGCUCAGGAAACCAAAUGAAGAAGAUUCUUGGAGGAAGAUGCUUCUGAUCUUACUUUGAUGAAAAAACAAUAAGUAUACAGGACUUGUAACAACAUCCUAUCUGGUCCAGCGCACGUUUGACAAUAGUAACAAUCUGUCUCACUUUGAAUGCAUGAAUUCAUACAAUCUUUUCCCCUUACCUGCAUCAUGUGCAUGUAGUGCAUAUUAAGUAAAAGUGGUGUUUAGAGUUGCUUGACCAAAUUCCAUUAUUUGACAUUUGUAUCUGAAUUCCCAAUAGCUUCUCUGAAAAUAGAACUACUGUAAUGCACCUGAAAUGCACAAGUGAUAUUCUUCAAAACUGUUCCUAAUUUAUCUUUUAGGCUUUUGUCCCACAAAGAUUAAGAUUUAUAAUAAAACAGAAAAAUGUCACAUGUUAAUGUAAUAAUAUUUGGACUAUUUUUGCUUUCUUAAAUCAUAUCAGUGGAACAGUUUGGUACAUCUCUUUCUCUUUGGUACUUAUUAUUUGGAGGUUUUAAAUAGAAUUUUAUUUUUUAUUUUCUAUACUGAGUAGUUGAUAAUAUUUUAAUUACAAACCCAUUUAAUAAAGGCAAAUAUGUAAUACAUAAGGAUUUCCAUUCCUAUCAGUGGAAAAAAAUAAAUAGCCCAUUUUAAUUUUGGGAAAAUUUUUAAAUGUUUUGUUUUGGUUAGAAUUAUUUUUGUGGAACAUAUGAGUGUUGUGCUUCAAAGCGUAUUUUUUUCUUGAUGACACACUGUCAUAUUUUAUAUUUUAAAAAUUUUCUCAUUUUGGCCACAUUGUUUUUUAAACUUUUAAGCUGUAUCCUGAAAUUAUUUUUCAAUUUGGUGAUCUUAUACUUCAGAGGAAAUUCUUUAAAAAUGGGGAUGUGGGUGGAGGCCAAUAGGAUCUUCAGGUCUGUUUAAAAAAAAAAAAAGGUGGAGAGGCAUGGUUCAACAGAUCCUCAGAGUGCCAUUUAAAAACACCUUUGUAAUACUGGGCUUCAUCAAAUUUUACUUCAUAUAAUAAAUAUACUUGUCUUGUUCGUAA